AUGGAGCUCAUGUUGAACCCUCUGUGUGGGACUUUAGCGUUUGUGAUGCUGUUGCUGACUCUUCCGGGGACAGAAAUGCAGUCUGUGGCCAGCACUACCAGAAAGGGUCGCUGUGACAAGACCAUACAGGUCAUGACCAAGACAGAGUGUCACUCAUGUGCCAUAAGUUAUCUUGUGCCCUGUCCCCCUGGAUACAGCAAGAAGAGUUCUAACAGAGACUGCAGUUAUCACAUCAAUACGAUGGCAAGCGUAGCUCUGACCAUCAGCGGCUGCUCCCAUGAGUGCUACAAAGAUGUAAUGGAGCCUAACUGCUGUCCAGGGUACUGGGGCACAGACUGCAUUGAAUGUCCAGAGUCUGCAGAAAACCCCUGCAGUAAUAACGGUGUUUGUUCUGAUGGGAUGGGGGGCAAUGGAACAUGCAGCUGCAAGCCAGGCUUUGAGGGAACAGCAUGUGAGCGUUGUGAGGAGAAUCGAUAUGGACCCACCUGCAGCUCAGUGUGCAGCUGUAAGCAUGGACUCUGUAACAGUGGCAAGGGAGGGGAUGGGAGAUGUACAUGCUUCUCAGGCUACACAGGUGCUAACUGUGACCAGGAGUUGCCAGGGUGUGCUGCCCUGGGUUGUGGACCCAAUGCUCGCUGUAUCGAGGAGUUCCCAUCAGGCCAGCUAGUGUGCAAGUGCAAAUCUGGUUACCAGGGUGAUGGAGUUCAGUGCACUUCAAUUAACCCAUGUUUGAGAAGUGUGUGUCAUGCACAUGCGGCAUGUGUUCAUAUUGGGCCCAAUCAGCACGCCUGUACCUGUGAUGAUGGCUACAGUGGAGACGGGGUGGUCUGUAUGCCCAUAGACCCCUGCCAAACUCAGCUGGGGGGCUGCCCUGCUGAUUCAACACGCUGCCUGUAUGAUGGGCCUGGCAAGUCUCACUGUGAGUGUCUCAGUGGCUUUGAGAAUCUGGUGGCGGGAGUGGGCUGCAGUCUGAAAGAUGUGUGUAAACCAGAUUCUUGCCAUAAGAACGCCAACUGUACUACAGUCGAACCUGGGGUAGUGGAGUGCAGGUGUCAUGACGGUUACCUUGGUAACGGGAAGAUUUGCUUUGGCAAUAUAUUGCAGCGACUGCAAGAGCUGAACUCUGAACCAGGCGGAAAGUGGACCAGUCAGCUGUCCAAUGCCAUCACUUUGUUUGAGUCAGUCAUGCCCUGGCCAUUGACCUCACUCGGACCCUUCACUGUCUUUGUGCCAAUCAACAGAGGUUUCAAAGGAUCUGUGAAGACUCUGCUGGCAAAUGAGCAGAUCCACUAUCUGUGUAAACUGCACAUGGUUGCUGGAGAGAAGACCGCAGAGACACUGAAGCGCAGUGGCAUGUACUACACUUUGACUGGGAAAUCUGCAGAGACCGUGGAGGAGGACGGGCAGGUGAAAAUCCGUAUCCAUGGCAGUCGGAAAAAAGGAGGGAUUUUGCAGUCUGAUAUCAUUGCUUCAAAUGGGAUGAUCCAUAUCAUUAAUAAAAUGAUGGACAGUGUUCCUCCUACAGUGAUGAGUCAGAGGGAGGAGAACCUGAUGAAAAUUCUUUCAGACAAUGGCAAAUUCUCCAAGUUAAAAGCACUGUUCCAGAAAACCAGUAUGAAGAAUGUUUUAGAUGAAGCAGGACCUUACACGCUAUUUGCCCCAACAAACUCUGCAUUCGACUCGCUGAAGGAAGGCUACCUUGACUACCUGGUUUCAGAUGCGGGAGAAACAAAAUUACUGGAGCUUCUACGAAACCAUGUCGUAGCCUCCGCUAAGCUGGAAGUUGUAAGCAUUGUGUCCAACCCACCCGUUCUGACAAUGGCCAAUCAGGGUUUGACAUUCAACCUUACUGACAAUGGUCGCAUUCUGGUCAAUGGUGAAGCGGUGCUGGAGGCGGAUGUUGAGGCAAAAAAUGGACGUCUCUAUUCGUUAGAGGGAGUUCUCAUCCCAUCCUCUAUUGAGCCUGUUUUGCCCCAUAGGUGUGACAUCACAGAGUCAAGGACAUAUAUGGGUCCAUGUGUUGGCUGCGCACAGGUGACUCAAUCUACGUGUCCAACUGGUGAAUCUUUGAACACUUUCAAGCAGGGCUGUGUAUUCAUGGAGAGAACUCCACUGGGCUUCAGUACAGUCACCAGGGGCUGCUCUCUCCUCUGCAACGGGACAUGGACUACACCUAUCUGCUGCAAGGGCUUUUUUGGACCAAACUGUUCCCCCUGUCCGGGGGGUUUCAGCACACCCUGCUUGUCUCAUGGGCGGUGUAUUGAUGGGAUUGAGGGAAAUGGAACUUGUGUCUGUGAGCCCAAUUUUAAAGGCUCACGCUGCCAGUACUGUUCCAACCCAGAAAAAUACGGACCUGCCUGUGACAAAACCUGUGGCUGUCUUCAGGGCGUGUGUGACAACAGGCCAGAAUCUGACGGUAGCUGUAAACGAGGUUCCUGUAAUCCAGGCUUUACUGGGAAGUUCUGUGAGCGGCAUGUGGAGCCCUGUGGUCCUAAUGUGCAGUACUGCCAUGCCCAUGCUGACUGUGACUACAAUGGAGGUGCUGUCACGUGUGUGUGUAAGCCUGGUUUCCAAGGAGAUGGGCUUAUGUGUGUGGAGACUGACCCCUGUGCUUUGCCUCAUCGUGGUGGCUGCAGUGUCAAUGCUAAAUGUGUGAAGUUAGGACCCGGCAAACACAGAUGUCAGUGUCUGAGUGGGUGGAGGGAGGAUGGAGAUGAAUGCCAACCCAUUAACAACUGUCUGGACCCGUCUAGAGGAGGAUGCCACCCUAAUGCCACAUGCAUUUAUGUGGGCCCUGGUCAGAGUGAUUGCGCAUGUAAGAGUGGAUACCGUGGCAACGGACAAGAAUGUGAGGCCAUCAAUCCAUGUGUUGAGCGAAAUGGUGGCUGUCAUUAUCUGGCAAGCUGUCAGUAUCAGUCUGCAGGAGCAUGGAAGUGUGUGUGUGAAGAAGGUUACUCUGGAGAUGGGAAAGUGUGUUAUGGCACAGUCGCACAGGAGCUGGCUGCUGAUCCUGACAUUGGAGAUUUCAGCAGAUGGGUAAAUAAAGCAGACCUCUCUCAGAUGUUGGCCGAGACUGAAAACAUCACAGUUUUUGUCCCGUCAGCGCAAGCAAUUGAAAGAAUGACCCGGGAGGACAAGGAUUUCUGGCUUUCUAGCAGUAAUCUUCCAAGCCUUGUCAGGUGUCACAUUGUUGCUGGAGUCUUCUCCCUGACUGACUUACGUGCCUCCUCCACCCUGCAGCUCACCUCCUUUUUGAAGAAGACACUUCCUGUGUUCUGGAAAAAUGAGACCACAACAGUCGGAGGAGCAACAAUAAUUUCAGCAGAUAUUGUUGCAAAAAAUGGACUGAUUCAUGUUAUUGACACGGUGCUGGUUGCCGAUCAUAAGUUGAGUGAAGGUUUACUGGAGGUGCUUGAUCAGAGAGCUGAAUUCUCCAUAUUCAGGAGCUAUCUAAUUCAAUACAACCUGACCGAUGAGAUGGAGCAAUCUGGAGCCUUCACUGUGUUUGCUCCUACUGACAGUGCCAUUAGAGCACACCUCAAGCAGACAGGCCUGGACGCCCUGGAUGCAAACGUGACUCAGUAUCACAUUGUCCUGAGUGAACGCCUCAGACAGAGGGAUAUAGAGGAUGGCAUGUAUAAGGAUACUAUGCUUGGUUAUUCCUUCCAGCUGGGAAUAUUUCUCAGAGACAACAAAAUGUAUGUGAAUGAUGUUCAGGUGAAUGUGACCGAUGUUGAGAGCAGUAAAGGAGUGAUUCACGGUUUGUCUGCUGUCAUGACGAUCCCACAUAACCGCUGCGACAAACAGUUUACCAGAACUGUCAUGGGGUCAAAGAGAAGGUGUAUGUACAGUCGUGUCUUUCAGGGACAAAGUAUUUUAACCAUGGGCUGCAAGCAAACUUGCGUCGAAGUUUCAGUUAGUAGACAAUGCUGUGCAGGUUUUUAUGGCACCAACUGUGAGAAGUGCCCUGGUCCUGAGGGCCAGCCGUGUUUUGGUAACGGGGUUUGUGUGGAUGGCACUAAUGGUACAGGCAUUUGUCAGUGCAGUCAGGGUUUCAAUGGCACUGCCUGUGAAACCUGCGAAACCGGCAAAUACGGCAUCCACUGUGACCAAGACUGUAAGUGUGUACAUGGGCAGUGUAAGGAUGGUUUGGAUGGGGAUGGCACAUGUGAGUGUGAUGUGGGAUGGAGAGGAAUCACCUGUUCAAUAGCUAUCACCUCUGAUUCUUGUGGAGGAAAGUGUCACACUAGCGCAAAUUGCCUGCUGAAAGUGGAGGACAGCUCGUAUUACUGUAGCUGUGCGGCUGGUUUUCAGGGUAAUGGCACUCACUGUACAGCCAUUGAUCCCUGUGAAAAGAACAAUGGAGGCUGCUCCUCUAAUGCCGUGUGUAAGAGAACUCUCCCAGGACGGAGGAAGUGUGUGUGUAACCCGGGCCAUGCCGGAGAUGGACUUGUUUGUGUUUCCAUUAACCCAUGUCUGGAAGGCAAUGGUGGAUGUCAUGUGGAUGCAGACUGCGUACAUACUGGGCCAAAUAAGACUGCAUGUGUUUGCAAAGAGGGCUAUUCUGGAAAUGGAAAAAUCUCCUGUACUGCCGUUAAUUUGUGCCAAAGGAAAAAUGGUGGCUGCCAUAGGUAUGCCAGAUGCCAAAUGACUGGUCCAGGGGAGAGGAACUGUACGUGCAUCGACAACUAUGUUGGAGAUGGAACAACCUGCAAGGGCACCAUUAAUAAAGAGCUACUGGGCAGGAAGCUGAGAGACUUCUACCUCGGUCUAAUGAUGUCUGAUGUCUUAGAUCUAAAAGCACGUGGUCCAUUCACUGUCUUUGCCCCAAAUGCAGAGGCCUUCAGAAAUGCAGACCUGAUGCAACUGUCUAGAACUGAUGUUUAUGCUCGUCUUAUGAGGAACCACAUUGUGAUGUGUCAAAGCCUUCUUCCUGAGGACCUCACCAAGCCUCGCAACCUCACCACACUCAUGGGAAACACCCUCACUGUCUCCUACUCCGAGGGUAGCAUAUAUAUUAACAAGGGUAAGGUGGUGUACAGCGAUGAAGAAAGUAUCAAUGGGAUUUUUCAUGAGAUUGAUGCAGUCCUCAUACCUCCUGGUCUCCAAACUGUUGACAGCAACAGAGGUCCACUCAACCUGACAGAUUUGGCUGAACUACAUGGCUUCAAGACCUUCCUUAAACUCCUAGAGGAUACAGAGGUGAUGGAACUGGUUAAUGAUCCACGGCACCAGCCUGUUACCCUGUUCCUGCCCACUGACACUGCGAUGGCUGCCCUGCCCCAGGAGCAGAAGGAUUUCCUGUAUGGGAUGCAUAACCGUGCCCAGCUGGUGGAAUACCUUAAAUACCACAUCCUGUGGGACACCAAGGCUCACCCUGUACAGCUGAUACACUCUCCAUCCCUGAAGACUGUCCAGGGUUCAGACAUCUCUGUCAGCUGUGCUGGGGAAGACCAUAUUGGUGAACUCUUUGUCAAUGACAAGAACUGCCGCCUCAGAAAGAUGUAUCUGAAGUUCAGCGGAGGAGUCGUUUAUGGGAUUGACUGCUUGUUAACUCCGCCCAGCCUGGGAGGACGUUGUGACGUUAGGGAGAGUGUAGACAUCACAAUGCCCUGCAGGCAGUGUCGUAUAUUCACAGAUUGCCCCCCAGGUACCAAGGAAAAGGAGGUGCGAAAAUGCGACAUUCCUCUUCUCCUGGUGACCAAAAUGUCAGGAUGUCAGACUGUUUGUUCUGUGAGCUUAUGGAAGCCAAAGUGCUGUGCGGGAUACUAUGGCCGGGACUGCCUUGCAUGUCCAGGGGGUCCAGGAUCCCCAUGCAGCAACCACGGCAAAUGUGAUGCGGAUCACCUUGGCAAUGGCACGUGCACCUGUGAUGAAGGGUUCCGGGGGACGGCAUGUGAACUGUGUUUGGAUGGUCGCUUUGGACCUGACUGCAAAGUUUGCAACUGCACAGAACAUGGCUCAUGUGAUCAGGGUCCAAAAGGAACUGGUUCCUGUUUCUGUGAGCAAGGUUGGACUGGACUGAGAUGUGAAAGCCAGUUAGGGGAAAGUCUUGUGUGUUCUCCAGCCUGUGACCAGAAUGCAGUGUGCAGGGAGAACAACACUUGUGUGUGCAAACCUUUCUAUGCGGGAGAUGGCAUUACCUGCAAACCUGUAAACAUCUGUCAGUUCUGGAAUGGUGGUUGUGCUAGGGUGGCCACAUGCAGUCAGGAAGGGGAGAAGGUGACCUGUACCUGUCCUAAGGAAUACAAAGGAGAUGGCUAUGUCUGUACACCUCUGGACCCAUGUGCCGCUCCUGACAAUGGAGGGUGCCAUGAGCAUGCCACCUGUACCAUGACCUCAGCGGGGAAGAAAAAGUGUGAAUGUAAGAGUGGCUACAUGGGGGAUGGUACUGUGUGUGAGGCAAAGCAGGUCCCUGUGAAUCGCUGUCUCCAGGAGAAUGGACAAUGCCACAAAGAUGCCAAGUGCACUGACCUGCACUAUGAGGAUAAGACUGUUGGUGUAUUCCAUUAUCGUUCCCCCAACGGCACAUAUGAACUCAAUUACACCGAGGCACAGAAGGCCUGUCAAAAAGAGGGAGCAACACUCGCAUCUUACAUUCAGUUGUCCUACGCUCAACAGGCAGGGUUUCACUUCUGUGCAGCUGGGUGGCUGCAGGACAGAAGGGUAGCGUACCCGACCACAUACUCCAACCCAAAGUGUGGCUUUGGUCACGUGGGCAUCGUGGACUACGGCACCCGCAAAGAAGGAGAGACCUGGGAUACUUUCUGCUUCCGGAUAAAGGAUGUGAAAUGUGAGUGUAAAAGUGGCUACAUCGGUGACGGGUACUCAUGUACCGGAAACCUUCUGCAGGUCAUAUCUGCUAGACCCACCCUCUCUAAUUUCCUCUCUCAAGUUCUGAACUACUCCAAAUCCAGUGCUUCAGGCAAAGCAUUUGUGAAGCGCCUGAGUGAUGUGACCAUCCAGUCCACUCUGUUUGCACCUGAUAACAGCGGCUUGUAUGACAAUGAGUCUCUGACAUUCAGGGACAUAGAGCAUCAUCUCCUGGAUGGCAGAGCGCUGGCACUGCAGGAUCUCAUUAACGUCAGCCACGUCAGAAGCCGACUGGGACACAGCCUGAGCAUAGCCGGAGUGCCAAAUUUCCAGAACCCCAAAGUAAUGACUUCCGCUGGGUAUAUUAAUAACCAGUUUGUCCUUGACUCAAACAUCCUGGCAUCUAAUGGAAUCCUGCACGUUCUGCAAGGGCCACUAAAGGCCCCGCCUCCAAACCCCACAUCAAAGCUCCAUGCAGGACACAGAGCUGGACUGGGCAUUGGAAUUUUGCUGCUGGUUCUCCUUAUCGGUGCGGCAGGAUUCGUUGGAUAUCAUUUCUACACCCACAAGAAGAAACCCUUCCAGUUCCAUUACUUUAGGGAGUACGAGGAGGAAGAGACUGUCCCUGCUGAAUCUUGUCCCAACAUUUGCAACCCUGUGUACGACUCUAACCCUGUCCUCAGUGAUCCAGCUCUCGCAGAGGAGGACAAACACAAGGUUGUGAGCAGUGGUUCCUAUGAUCUCCAGGAGAGCUGA